AAUAUCGGCAAAGGGUCUUGGAAAACCUCAAAAUUGAAGGUUAAACGACGAAAAGUCGAAAUUGAUCUUGAAGCUAUUAAAAGGAAAGUUCUCGAAAUGGAAGAAAGUUGCGAAACCGUCAAGAAUCUUGAAACUAGUGAAGUGGCUUA